GGUGGUUUUCGUGUUAUCUAAAUUUAAUGGCUUAAUGGAUUAAUAGAUACGCAUACUAUCUAGGAUUGGGAGAAAAAAUUCACCAUUUGAUUAGUUAAAAUUGUUGAAGCUGUAACCUCCUAGUUAAGUUUAUUUUCUGUCAUUUCGUGAUCGUCUGGCAAUACUAUUCUCGUUCUUGUCAUUCAUUUCUGUUUUGUGAUUACAUUUGUUUGUUUCGUUAAGAAUCAUUGUACGGUACUCUAAAUUCCUGAAAUUUUCUAUAAAAGGCGACGAAAACUCUUUUUAGCUUCCAUCUUGUGCACAGAUAAGCGGAUGAAUAAAGCCUGUAUUGGCAUGGCGGAACUCAACUUGCGUGCAUCUGCUGUUAAGGCAAUAAAACGCAUACAUGCCCGUGUGAGAGAUGGUGGCGAUGAUGGUCGCGAUGUAUUCCAACUGCAACAGGAGCUGAAGUCGAUCGAGACACAUUUUGGGAGAUUCGUUGAUAACCAUAAUCAUCUUGUUGGAGAAGCGGCACCCUCAGAAAUGGUUACGCAUGAUUCGCUAUGGGAAACUGUGGAGGAGCUUUACGGUGAGGCAUGUAGCACACUCCACCGCCUUAUUGCGACGUCAACGGUAGAUUCCAACGCCAGUGAGGGUGCGCGCAACGUGCCUACUACGACUUUGGAGGGCUGUUCGGUAGAUCUUAAACUGGAUCCGUUGGCUAUUCCCCCAUUUGACGGGGAUAUGUGUAAAUGGUUGGCGUUCAAAGAUGCGUUUGAGACGCUUGUCCAUAACUCGGCGUACCCGGAAGCAUUCAAGUUGGGUAAACUUCGCCAAGCAGUUAACGCGUCCACAGUGCCAUUAAUUGGAGGGAUAUAUUCGGGUGGCUAUCAAGAAGUAUGGAAGGCUCUUAAAGAGCGUUACGACAACAAGAAACAUCUGGCAGAAAUACACGUGUCGCGUUUUCUCAACUUAAAGGUAGCCACCCAGGAGUCAUCGCAAGCAUUGUUGGCCGUUGUUGACACUGUGCAUGAGUCGCUGCGAGCAUUGCGGGUCAUGGAGAUCCCUGUAGAUCAAUGGGAUGCAUUAGCUGUGCCUAUUGUUGUGUCCAAGCUUCCGCCUGUAACCAAGCGCGACUGGUGUAUGAAGUGUACCACCACCGAGAUUCCACGGCUGGAUGAUUUGCUGAAGUUUUUGGAAAGGCGUGCUCAUAGUCUAUCGCCUGAACCAUCGGCCGUUCUAGUGGCGCCUCGGCAGCAACGAUCGGUGAAGUCGCAUGUGGUUAGCGCUGAGCGGGCGCAGUGUGCGCACUGUGGUGCUACGCAUCGAAUUGCUAAGUGUCCAGCGCUGUCAGCUAUGAAUAUUGAACAACGUUAUGAAGCAGUUAAGAGUUUGAGGUUGUGUUAUAAUUGCCUACGUGCUGGCCAUUCGUCCAGACAGUGUCCAUCGGGAAGUUGCCGGAAUUGUGGCCGUAAGCACAAUACUAUCUUAUGCCGCGAGAGGUUCACCAACAUAGCUUCGCCUGAAUCCACGUCUACGUCACCCGUAUCAAAUACUGCACCUGGUAAGGUCCAAACAACUUCAGCUGCAUGACUAGCAGCACCUGCGAGAGCCCACGCGGCCAGAUAUCAGCCGAUCACCCUCCUAGCAACAGCGCGUGCGUAUGCCUUUGGAGAAGCAUCGGUUCAGCGUGUGGCUCGUAUCUUAUGCGAUCCUGGAUCGCAGGUUAGCUUCGUGACGGAUCGCCUAGCAAACUCCUUGCAGGUAUACCGACGGAAAUGUGACCUGAUGGUAGAAGGGGUAGGGGCUGCCGUCAAUACCCAAGUGAAGGGCAGCGUUACACUCACGUUGAGGUCAACGAAAACUACAUUUGAAAUGCAAAUUGAGGCCUUGGUUUUACCGUCCAUUACUUCUCCGACUCCGACGGUGAAUAUUGACGUGAACCAGUGGCCGUACUUGAGAGGGCUAGAGUUGGCGGACGAUCGGUUUGGGACGCCUGGAGUUAUCGACGUUCUCAUCGGCGCGGACGUGUGGGGGCGAGUCCUAGAGGGUGAUGUCAUCGGUGGACGACCAGACGAACCUUUUGCCCAGCGUACCCGCUUUGGUUGGGUGGUAUUUGGCCCAGCAGCAGUGUCUUUUACUUCGAACGUAUCAUCGCUCGCACUGAGCGCGUUACCGGGUGAGGAUGACGUCCGUUUAGAAGAACUGCUACACAGAUUUUGGGAGAUGGAGGAAAUUGCGAUUGCUGACAAUCAACACGUCGACGACUGUGCCCAGAUCUUCGAAGCUACUCAUAGCCGCACUGCAGACGGCCGUUACAUUGUCCACCUAGCUCUUCGACAAAAUGUACCCAAACUUGGUGACUCAUAUGCACUGGCUGCACGCCAAUUCGGUAGACUAGAGCGUCGCUUGGCAGUGGAUCCCGGCCUUAGGGAAACUAUGUGGCAUUCAUGCGGGAGUACGAAGCACUCGGACAUAUGGAGCGAGUCGAACCAUCAUAUCCCCAUAGCAAUUGCUACUAUAUUCCUCACCAUGCGGUUACCACCAAAUUCCGCGUGGUGUUCAAUGCUUCGGCGCCGACCAGCACGGGAGUCUCCUUAAACGAUAUUCAACUGGUGGGCCCAGCGCUUCAGGACUCGCUUAGCAGCAUACUUCUUCGUUUCCGACGUUUUCGAGUGGCGAUAACUGCCGACAUCGAGAAAAUGUUUAGGCAAGUGUUGGUUGCGCCGGAGCA